UCAGUGUCUAGACUCUAUCAAUCAUUUUCAAUUUUUUAAAUUUCGAUUUCAUUUAUUUGUUCUAUUAUCAGUCAAUCACAUACAGAUUACGAAAUGUUCUGAAGUAUCAAAAUAAAUAUAACUAAUUAAAAAUCAUGAGGAUAGCUCUUAUUUUAGUGACUCUCGUGUUCGAGAUUAAUUUAUAUUUUACAGAAAGUGAGGCCAUGCAGCAGCAGAAGAAGACAAGUGGCGAUAAUGCGAUUGCCCAUACAGAUGAUAAUAAUAAACUCGCUGACGAAGAACUUGGCGCUCGUGCACGUCAAGUUGUUGCACAAAAAGGUGGAACUGCAACAUUGCCAUGUAAAUUUUCUGAACCCGGCGCUGGAAUUGUGACAUGGGUGAGAAGAAGAGACAGGCAAUUGUUAACUGUCGGAACGGCGACGCACUCAGUGGAUAAUCGAUUUAUGAUAAGAGUAUCCAGUUCCGAUUGGGCACUUGUUAUUCGUCGUGUUACACUAGAUGACGCUGGUCUUUAUGAGUGUCAGAUUGCAACUUAUCCAGUAGAACAACACUUUGUACGUCUGGCGGUAACAGAAGCGUACUCGGUGAUACCCGGUGGCCCGGAUCUACAUGUCAAGCAAGGCUCGAGUUUGAAACUUGAGUGCCACCUGAUGGCAGCCACCGAGCCGCCAAAUUUCGUGUUCUGGUAUCAGGAAGGACGCAUGAUUAAUUACGACGCGGAUCCUCGUGUCAGCGUUGAACUCACUCAGAAUGGCUCUAUUCUAAAGGUUGAAAAAAUUAAAAUCACACAUGGCGGCAACUAUACCUGCUCACCCAGCAACGCGAAAUCAUCUUCCGUUAAUAUUCAUGUUAUCGAAGAAGAAGAAAAACCAGCCGCAAUGCACGGUGGCGACAGACGAAACCCCAGCCCGGCGAUACUUGCAAGCAACUUUCUCGCUUCCCUGUUGGCCGCCGUCAGCUGGAGGAUACCCGCCUUCUCGAGUCUCUACCCAACGUGAACAAUUCACUUGCUCACAAAACUUUAAUCCGUGUGCAUGCGUGCCGAGUGUUAUUGUUACAAACUUUGUGGUUUAAACUUUAAGUUAUUGUGUCCUACGAUACGAUACUUUAUUUACAGUGACUCGUUUCCAUAUAUAUAUAUUUAUUAUUAAAGUCGCUGCCACUGAAAACUUAUUAAUUUAUUACAUAAGAUUGCUAUCUGCUUAUCAAGUUCAAAUUUAAUUACCUACACAAAAUAAAAAAAUUUCUUGACGCAAGAAAAAAUUUUCUCACCCCAAGUAAAUUUUGGAGCGAUAAAAAUUUAUUACGCCAAGAAAUUCUUUUUUUUCUGUGUAGGAAACGUAUGACUGUUAAUUGUAACUUAAUAUCUAAAUAAUUAAUUAAUUAAUUAAUAAUAAUAAUAAUAAUAAUAAUAAUUGUUUAAUGUAUAAACUAAUAAGGUCGGAUGAUUUAAUAAACAAAGUGAGUGCUCAAUGAGUGUAAUGGGAUAUAUUUGUCUUGUGUAAAUUAAAAGUAUCCUCGGUGAAGGGAAGCCUUCCAAUAAAAUAACAGACUUGUAAUCCGAGUCGCUAUUAAAUUUAAUAACUAAGACAACACUGAGCUAUUGUUUAUCCUCGACGUCUUUUGUACUUGUA